GUUUUGAAGUUUGAUGCCUAUUUCCAGGAAGAUGUUCCUCUCUCCGCAGAAGAGCAUUACCGGAUCCGCCAAGUGGGCAUCUAUUACUAUUUGGAAGACGACAGCAUGUCUGUCAUAGAGCCUGUUGUGCAGAACUCCGGUCUUUCUCAAGGCAAACUUAUCAGACGUCACCGAGUGCCCAAGAAUGACCGUGGGGAUCAUUACCACUGGAAGGAUCUGAAUCGGGGGAUGGACAUCACCAUGUAUGGCAGGACGUACCGCAUAGUGGACUGCGACCCGUUCACACAGGUGUUCCUGGAGAGCCAAGGAAUUGAACUGAACCCUCCAGAGAAAAUGGUUUUUGAUCCUUACACGGAGCUGCGUCGGAUGCCCAUGCACAAGCACAUCACACCAUCAGAUUUCGACAAACUCAAACAGUUUCUGACUUACGACAAGCAGGUCCUUCGCUUCUAUGCCAUGUGGGAUGACACUGACAGCAUAUUUGGUGAGAAUCGGCCUUACGUCAUCCAUUACUACUUGGCAGAUGACACAGUGGAGGUGCGGGAAGUCUACAAACAAAAUGAUGGUAGAGACCCAUUCCCAAUACUGAUGAAACGUCAACGCUUGCCCAAAACCUUUGUGAAGAAAAAGACCUUCCCGAGCUGUGUGCUGGAGAUCUCUGAUCAGGAGGUGCUAGAGUGGUACACAGCUAAAGAUUUUGCUGUUGGCAAAUCUACCACCCUCCUUGGUCGCACCUUCUUCAUCUAUGAUUGUGAUGAGUUCACACGAAACUUCUAUCGUGACAAAUUUGGCAUCACAGAUUUCCAGCCAGUGGAAAUGAAGAAGAAACCACUUGAGGAAGUUCCACAGGUAAUUCCUCCCUAUAACGGUUUUGGAAUCCUUGAAGACUCUCUUCAGAACUGCUUUUCUCUGUUUCCAAAGCCUCCCCAGAAAGAUGUAAUUAAGAUGCUGGAGAAUGAUCACAAGGUUCUGCGGUACCAGGUGGCCCUGGAAUCACCAAACCCCGAGGACAGAAAGCGUCGUUUCAUCCUCUCUUAUUUCCUCUCCAAUGACAUGAUCAGCAUCUAUGAACCCCCAGUCCGUAACUCUGGCAUCAUUGGAGGAAAAUACUUAGGAAAGACCAGAGUCGCCAAACCGGGCUCUACUACAGAGAAUGUCACGUACUACGAGCCCUCUGACUUCACCAUCGGUUCUACCAUUGAAGUGUUUGGCCACAGGUUUGUUAUCACUGACGCUGAUGAAUAUGUGCUUAACUAUAUGGAGAGCAAUGCAGAGAGAUUCCCUGCGGCAACACUGCAGUCUCUGAGGGAUCAUUUUCGCCCACGGCAGGUGGUAAAGGAGGCUGCCAACAGUGACAUCCCCAUGCUUGGGACCUGCAAGCCAGAACUGGAUGAAUUAAUUGUGAAAGUUCAGGAAGAGCUGAAGCUCCAUAAGUACUCAAACAACAAGAACGUUCGGGAAGCGUUCCUUCAGUGUGACAAGGAUGGCUCUGGCAUCCUGGACAAAGCAAAAGUUUUAGCCCUUUGCAACGGCUUGAGCGUGCCGACCAACACCGUUCUUCUGCACAAGCUGAUUGACCUGUGUUCUUGUGGAGAAGACAAGAUCAACUACCACGACUUCCUUAGAGCCUUCCCGUGUGAUCUUUGCCCAGAAGGCGAAGCACAAGACCAGCAAUAACAUUCUUAGCUGACUUGA